UCUGAAGCCUGACACUGUGUUGGCAAACAUGGCGAAGACUCGGAUGUAAUUCACUCUCCAAAUACCAUUGGUUGUGCUUCCAUUGCUUCCCCCGCGUAAGAUGCAAUCAGUUGAUUCUCACAAUGGCAAGAACUUCUGGAGGAAAAACAGUAAAUCGGUACCAGGAAGCAUGCGGGCAGUGUAUGGCGCAAUGCAUCCCCCCAUCACUCGCUCGCCCAAAUCAAGCCCGCGGAAAGAGAGUGGCCAGAAGAAAGUUGAGUCCAGUGAUAGCUUUCAAGACUACCAGGAAUCAGUUAACGAUGCCUGGGACUGUGGAGAUGAUGAGUUCUGUGUGAUAUCGGAUGUAAAAAUCUCAAAUAGAAUGGUGCAGUCAGCAGCAUUAAGUGUAAUAAACAGCCACAGGUCAGGACAGCUGGGAACCAAUUCUGCAUUAGCGGAGCUUCACAACCAAAUGCCAGCUGCUGCCCUGGAACCAGUGGAACCUGAAAUGCCUGAAGUGAUACCACACGCAACUGUCAACAACUCCCAUUCAUCCUCAGCUGUUUUGUCUUGUACAACAGCAGCCAUUGAGGGCGCGCUCCCUCUGUCCAGACUAGACCCUUCAGCAGCAACUCAUAGGACUCCUGCCAUCAAUACUUCGGGUAGCGAACGGGAUGCUGUGAGACAGGAGAAGUUCCUAGAACUUAUCUCCAACAACAACACCAAUUUGCCAGAACUGCGAAAGCUGUCCUGGUCAGGCAUUCCCCCUUCUGUCCGGGCUGUCACCUGGAGACUGCUUAAUGGUUAUCUUCCUGCCAAUGCAGAACGGCGAGAAGAUACUUUGAAACGAAAACGAGAAGAAUAUUGGAGUUUUGUUAACCAGUAUUAUGAGACUCGCCAUGAGGAUAUAUACCAAGAUACAUUUAGGCAGAUCCAUAUAGACAUUCCAAGAAUGUCCCCACUGAUACCACUCUUCCAGCAGAUUAUUGUGCAGGAAAUGUUUGAACGCAUUUUAUACAUCUGGGCAAUCAGACAUCCAGCGUCUGGUUAUGUGCAGGGCAUCAAUGACUUGGUUACUCCUUUCUUUAUUGUCUUCCUACAUGAAGUCGUCCCUAAGGAGGAGAGCUUGGACACCUACGAUGUUGAACAAGUGAGUGAAGAGGACCGGGCAGUUGUCGAAGCUGACAGCUUUUGGUGUAUGUCCAAACUCCUUGAUGGCAUCCAAGACAACUACACCUUUGCCCAGCCGGGGAUACAGAACAAGGUGCAGCAGCUCAGGGAACUUAUGAAGAGAAUCGAUUUCAGUCUCCAUUGUCACUUAGAGAGACACGAGAUCGACUACCUUCAGUUCUCCUUCCGGUGGUUCAACAAUUUACUGAUGCGAGAGUUGCCCCUGGGAUGUACUGUGCGCCUUUGGGACACAUUACAUGCCGAACCUGAUGGUUUCUCCCACUUCGUCUUGUAUGUGUGUGCGGCCUUCCUCAAACACUUUUCCCAACACCUCAUGGCCCAGAGAGAUUUCCAGGGUCUGAUGCUGUUGUUGCAGAACCUGCCAACCUCAAACUGGUCUGACAGUGAGAUCAGCCUCCUAGUAGCUGAAGCUUUCCGUCUCAAAUAUGUGUUUGCUGAUGCGCCAAACCAUUUACAAGCCAAUAAAAAGUGAUGCUAGAUGAUUAUGAAAAAGUGCAAAUCCAGCCACGACAUUACAGCAGCCAAUUUCUUUUGGGUGUGAAAAAAAUUGUUGCAUAUCACCGACUGUAUGUGAAAUUGCAAUAGAACCUGAAAAGUUCAAUACUGUGGAGGCACUUAUCAAGCCAGUAGAGCUGUGGUAAUGAACAAUGGGGGAGGGGAGAGACUGAGACUAUAUAUUUAUUUAAAGUUGGAAUAAAAUACAACCGGUGAAGUGAAAUGAGAUGGUGACUAUGACAUUUGAAAGGGACUCUUCAAGUUGAGUAAAGCAACUAUGAUACAGUCCUAUAUUAGGGACGAUUUUAGAGUUUCCUUUAUUUUAUCUCUUUUUUUUUUUUUUUUUUUUCUUUCUUUCCUUCUUUCUUACUUUCUUUCUUACUUUCUUUCUUACUUUCUUUCUUACUUUCUUUCUUACUUUCUUUCUUUCUUUCUUUCUUUCUUUCUUUCUCCCCCUUUGUCCCCCCUUCUUCAUCAGUUGUUCUUUUUAAAUAGAUAUGUUAAUGCAUUCUAUUUCAUAAUUUUAGUUAUAUCAUGAUACUGAAUAUGUUAUGCAAUAUCAACUGUUGCUUUAUGCUGUACCUGUUGGUAGGACAUUGGCAACAGAGCAGUAUAUUUCAACCAAUUCUUGGUUAGUAUAAUGAGUUAUAUACACAUUCUUCUGUUCAUGUAUGAAUUUGUAUCCUCUCCUAACACUGUUGUUGUGACUUUAAAGAAACAAAUUUAUUAUUUUUACAUUAGAGGAAUAUAUACAUGCAUGAAUAAAUUAGUUGUGAAAAUUGCAACAUGCCCCAGAUACCUUGUGAAGAGUACAUGUAACCCUUUAUUUUUUACCCAUGCAGAAAUCUAUCUGCCUGUGGUAGCCCACUCCUUUGUAGGUCUUAAGUAUACAUUCAGAAACUUGUCUUACUUGUGUUUUGAAGGUUGUUUAAUUACUAUACCCUCCAAAUUCACUAUAUCUUUAUCUGUCCUUGUUUUUCCUUAAUCUUUGAUGAUUUGAAUAAGUUACCCACAAAUUUGAUUGGAUUAUAGUAUACAAACAAAAAGCUUUAGAAUGGAUGUUCAUAUUCCCGAAAGAGCAGGAUCUGAGAAUAGGAAGUGAAAGCUAAAUGACAAAGAGUAAGAUUGUUUGUAGGAAGUUUAGCUUUUAUUUCUAUACUCUCCAAAUCAGGGGAAAAACCUGUUAUGAAAAUGUCAAGAGUUGCUUUCCUUGGCACUUGUUACUCAGGCAAACUUGCAUGAUGCUCAUUGUAUAUGAAAUGACUCUUAAGCAGAGAUCCGAAAUUACCAAUGCUUUUAUUUUAAAUGUUUUUUUUUUCUUUUUUAAGAACUAGAUUUAGAAAAAUACAGGUAAUUCAUAUGGUUUAUAUUAUCACAUUGCAAAUGUAAUGCUGUGAGGUCAGGACAUAAGAGGGUGCAGGACCUUUAGGUGAAGGAUAUAUAGUAAGAAUGUUUAAGAUCAUUUUAGUUAUUCUCUGUGAACCAAAGUUAAAAAGAUUAAAAUUUACAACUGUCUAAUUGAUAAUAGUUGAUGAAUAGAAUACACAGUUAUGCUUGACUACUGCCAUGAAUUUUACAAAAAUUAUUUUUGAAGUUUACAGUUUGUAAGAUUAUCUUAAUUCUUAUUUGACUUCAAAAAUGUGUGAUUCUGACAAGUUUUUACAAAAUGCAACAAAAUGUUCAAACUAAUAAACUAUUUAUACCCACAACAAUGUAUUAAGAAGACAGCAAAGGAUAAUUAUAGUAUAUCUUCAUUUGAUUUUUCUUUUUUCUUUUUUUUUCUUUCUGCCAUCAAUGGAAGAAAGACUGCUAAUGGAAGCAGCACGUUAACUAUUUUGACCGGACCUUUAGUUGUGUGGUAGGAUACUCGGAGCUCGAGGCAGUCCAGCGGAAAUGUUACAGUACAGAAUAUCAGUGCUAAAUGAUGGUGCUCUUUGUACACUCCCAAUGUUGAAAGGUUAUGUGGCGCACGGUCCUCUUGUAGACUUGUAAUAAAAAUCUUGGAUAGAAUUAACCAGUGAGAUUUAGACAGUUGAGACUUGCAGCUGUGUUGAAGGACGUGAGAACAAAUUGUGAUAGAUGAUGUUAAGACGUGGUUCAACACAGCACGGUCUUUGAUAAUGACAGAGUUAAAAUUCUCUAGAAGUGAGUGAUUGUGGUUAUAUAUGUAAUGUGUAUAUGUAUGCUAAUAACAACCUCUUUUGUUUUCCUUUGUCUGUCGGUGAUAUGUAUUACAUCUAUUGUGUAUUCAUACAUAAAGAAUUUUAUAAAUAAA